AUGAGCGCGUCGAGCAAGAGCCACGCGCGCAUCGGCGAGCAGGUCUGGGCGAAGAUGCCCAAGAUCAACGCCGAGUUCUUCUGCCUCACCUACGGUACCAUGGUCGUGCAGCUCAUGAAGGACUUCGAGGACGUGCGCGAGGUCAACAAGAAGCUCGAGAGUAUGGGCCACGGCAUCGGCAUGCGGCUCAUCGACGAGUUCCUCGCCAAGAGCGGCAUCAACAACUGCCACGACUUCUCCGAGACCUGCGACGUCAUCGCCAAGGUCGCGUUCAAGAUGUUUUUGGGCGUCGGCGUCGACGUCGCGAACUGGAACGCGGACAAGACGGCGUGCUCGCUGCUCCUCUACGACAACCCGCUCAACGACUUCGUCGAGAUCCCGCCGAACACGAACUUGCUCUACUCGAACAUCCUGUGCGGCGUCAUCCGCGGCGCGCUCGAGAUGAUCAUGAUGAAGGUCGACGCGUUCUUCGUCCGGGACGUGCUCCGGGGGGACGACGUCAACGAGAUCCGUGUCGAGCUCAAGGAGCGCAUGGUCUCCGAGAUGGACGACCAGUACAAGGAGGGCUAG